AUGGAUAAUUGGACAGUCACCAUGAAAGGUCGCCAUUUUUCGAGUGUUGCAUGUGAUUAUGCAAUUGAAUCAACACAAAAUAAGGAUUUUAAAGGACCAGCAGGUCUAAGCGGGCAUGUGGAUGCUGACCUUCGGUUGGCCUGGUCAUUAUCGUCGACUUGGUGCGCGCAAGUGUUGACUGUAGUUGAUGAAUUAUCCAACGUAAAGCAGACAAACGAUCCUCAUGUCCAAGCUACCCAAUCGAGAAUAGUGACAGAUAACAAAGACCUAUCCAAAAUGAUAACCAUAUUGAAAACAGAUAAUUCAUUUCAGUCUAAUAGCAAGGAUUUUUACAAAAUUUUAAGUGGAGUUAAAUUACCAAAUGAAAUUGUCGAUGAACUAUGUAAUGCUUCGACAAAAUUCGUAAAAACAGCAAACAAUUUCAUAAAAGAAACUCUAAUUGACAAAAAAAUGUCAAUAUUUACAACAAUCAACAAAGGUAACGUACGUUUACUAACAUCGUCGCUACCGCCGGAAAAACCGUUGUCAAAUAAUAAUAAUGAAAAACUGUUUAAAUCACUAAUGUACUGCUCACUAUUUCGGUCAAAUAUCAACUUAUCAGUCAUAUGCGAGCAUGAAUUUAUUACACCACCUUUGUCACUGAUAAAUAAAAACGAACCAACGUUUCAACACAAAACAAGUACUAUUCCAUUUAUAUCGGAUUUUUUUCCUGAAACAAUUAUGAGUGAUCUAAAUCAACAAACAUCGGUUAUUAUUCUUGAUGGUGAUGUGUUGCUAAGCGAGCAACGUCGAUGCGACACUUACGGUGAAUAUGCAAAUAAUAUGUUUCUCAAACGAAUUCUACCAUUGACUAGUAAUUAUCAUCGAAUCGACGUUGUGUUUUCGUGUGAAACAGAUUUCACGUUGCAUGAUAUAAUAGCUAAAAAUGAAAAUAAAGAAAAAAAAUUAUCAAUCAACCAGUUAAAAUCUAAUUUCAUAAUGCCACGACCUUCGGAAUGGGAGAUGAUAGCAAAAAACAAUAGAUCAAGUAUCGGUCAAUGUGUCUGCAAUCUAUGGCAGACAUCAAAUUUUGAUAUUCCCAAAGAGAAAUUAAUAAUGGUUUCAUGUCCUGAUAAACGAUUGUUACUAAUGACAAAAGAACAGGGAAACGUUUUCGUUCAAAAUAUCAUACCAGAACAGUAUGACAUUAACUCACGUGUGAUAGAGCAUUGUCGUACAACAAUCGAACACUAUGAAUCAAACACGGUUUGUAUCAAAUCAAAAAAAAAUGAUGUACUCGUAUUAGCCGUUGCAUACGCCGAUUCACUUCAGUUCAAUCUAAUAGUCGAUUGUAGCUAUGUCUAUCGCAGUGAACCAAUCCAGAAAUUUAUUAAUUGCACUGAACUAAACUUAUCGAUGCGUCGAAAGUAUAAUAUAAAUUCAAUCAAGCCCAUCAUUAUGCUACACGCAUUGAGUGGUAGCGAAUAUACCUCAUAUAUACGAAAUGUUACAAAGUCAAAUUUAAUUAAUACUUAUUUUGAAAAUAAAAGUCGUUUCAAAUUUAUUGAAAAUUUGGAUAUAUUACAGUUGAGAGCAGAAACAAUAAAUGACUGUGAAAUCCUCUUGUUGCAGACGCUCAAAUCCCAGUGCAAAACUCUGGAUGAAGAACGUUAUAAUAUGAUAAAAAAAUGGCCAAGAAAAUUUGAGUGA